AUGGCUUUCUUGCAGCGCCCCAACGGUUGUCAUCACCGCGAAGAUGUUGAAGCGGUCGCACCCAAAAAGAAUGCGAAAACGACAUGCGCACAAGCCACUGGUCAUGGAUCCACUUUUCUUCCCCUCUUACGUCUCGUCCGAGAUCCUGCCGGUGCUGUUGCGAGCGCAAUAGAUGCGCUGCGACCAGGAUCCAAUUCUGGGCUUUCUCCAGAGGAGCAAGCAGAGUUACUACGGGUGGAGCAAAGGAGGCAAAUCCUUUAUGCAAAGCUACGGAAUGCUUCCAACUCGAGCGAAUGGCAUCUUACCGCAUUAGAACUCGACAUUCUAGAGCAUAAUGAUGAAUGGAAGGAGGAGUUCGAGUCGCCAGAUUACGAUGCGCUUCUUGUCGAACUUCGACUCAAAGAAUUGGAUGAUGCACGAAUCAGCUGUGAUGUGGGCCGGAUGCUGGCGAUCAUUCGGACAUCACUAACAAGAGGUCUGGGCGAUAUGGGAAACAUUCGGCUUUACAUGCAUUCUCACACCGGCACCAAGCGUCUGAUUGAACGAUAUAUCAGCUCCGCUCUGGCGACUUUGAAAGCGCUAUUGGAUAUAUCGGCAAAUCAAAAGGACGAACGAUUAGCACCGCGUUUCAUGCUGGAACAAGUACUUUGCGCUAGACAAGCGUUUGGAAGAAGCGCCCUUCUGCUUUCUGGGGGAGGAACUUUUGGGAUGAAUCAUAUCGGCGUGCUAAAAUCCCUCUGGGAAGCGCAUUUGCUGCCGCGUAUCAUCUCUGGUGCCUCUGCGGGGAGUAUCGUGUCCGCAGUUAUCUGCACUCGCACCGAUGAAGAAAUUCCGGAGCUGCUGGAUACGUUCUGUUAUGGUGACCUGUCCGUAUUUGAGCGGCCCGACGAUGAGGACAGCGCGCUUCGACGCAUCGGUAGAUUCCUUAAAAUCGGUGCCCUGUUCGAUAUCACGCAUUUGACUCGCGUCAUGCGUGACUUACUCGGCGAUUUAACAUUCCAAGAAGGUUACAAUCGAACACGAAGAAUACUGAACAUAUGUGUUUCGAGCGCUAGCCUCUACGAACUGCCACGAUUGCUAAACUAUGUCUCUGCUCCCAAUGUUUUGAUAUGGUCAGCAGUCGCGGCCUCGUGCUCGGUUCCUUUUGUCUUCUCUGCUGCUUCUCUGCUAGCCAAAGAUCCCAAGACCGGAGAAGCUGUUCCCUGGAAUCCUACACCGCAGCACUACAUCGACGGCUCCGUUGACAAUGAUCUACCAAUGACCAGACUUGCGGAGAUGUUCAAUGUCAACCACUUUAUCGUCUCCCAAGUCAAUCCGCACGUAGUUCCAUUCCUUGUGCGCGAGGAGGAGCUUAUUUCAGCCCAGGGCCCGUCCUCACAUGCAUCCUCUCAGCCUGGACCUGGCUGGCUUUAUACCAUGACCAAUCUCGCCAAAACCGAGGCGUUGCAUCGUCUGAACGUGCUCGCAGACCUCGGGUUCUUUCCCACUGCACUCAGCAAAGUACGAUCUGUCCUCAAUCAGAGAUAUUCCGGGGACAUCACCAUCCUUCCAGAAAUUUCUUAUGCCGACUUCCAUCUAGCACUCACGAAUCCAACCCCGGAAUUUAUGCUCAGUGCCAUGCUUACAGGCGAGCGUGCCACGUGGCCGAAACUCAGCCGAAUUCGAAAUCAUUGCGCCAUUGAACUCGCUCUAGAUGAUGCGGUGCAAAAACUUCGAACAAGAGUUGUCUUUAGCCCAAGCCAGAUGGACUUACGCUUG